UGAGCAAGUAAGAGCCAACUAGAGGAGAUCAGAUGUCUGUUUAAAGCAAAGCUGACCUCCAAAUGCAAAUGAGAAUUACAAAAAUGACAAUUUUGAAUUGGUUGGAGUACAACCUUCAGAGGGAUGCUUCAGAUAAUGGCAUUACUCUCCAAGAAAUACUCUCCAAGUGCAAUAAAGAUAGACACAAGUGUGGUCUCACCCCUGUGGAUCAGAAAACACUUGGAUGUUUAAUGAUAAAGUACUUCCAAAUCGGAAUAUCAACGAGGGUCAUGCCAAGCAAUAUUCUGUAUAGCCUAAAAUGGAAGGUUCAUAACAAGGAUAAGGCUUUUAACAUUGGUAAUGACACCUCAUUUAUAAAAGAGACUGGCUGGCGUGUUGAUUCUACAACUGAGUUUUCCCUCAUCCUGGCUAAAGUUAUUGACUUAAAAAUCAAUAAUUUAAAUGUUGAGAAGAAAGUUGAAUUUAGAGGUGGCAGGUGGUCUUUGAAGAUUUACGAUAAACCAGUAAAUCUGAAUGACGUGGAUGUGGAUGACCAUUACAUGACAUCACAAGAUGGUAUUCUCACAGUUUUAGCAGUGGUUGAUAACAUUCCAGUCUGCCCAGGAAAGAAAUUGGAAACAGGGAAUGCAAACUAUUCAAUCCAAUUGGAAAAUAGUCAUAACACCAAUGAUACUCAAAAACUUGUAGUUCAUAGUAUGGAAUGUUUGAUUGCAGUUCCUAUCACUAGUUUAGGAGAUUCAUGUUCAAUGUGUGAAAAAAUCUUAGAAAAUGUAAAACUUUUACCUUAUGGACCAGAAAAGAGUUCAUCUGAAUGUGAAACUGCUUCUGAUACACUCAUUGCUGUUAUAAAAG